UGCAGGAGACAAUCUUUCUAGACAAGGCAGUUGAGGAGGAGGAGGGAGCGGUAGGCGCGGGGGGGUGUUGGCCUGGCGUGCACUCCGCACCUCGGGGACGUUACUGCGCGUGGAACGGCUCUUUUGGGGAGACUUGCCUAGAAGAAAAGAUGUUUGGUUUUCACAAGCCAAAGAUGUACCGAAGUAUAGAAGGCUGCUGUAUUUGCAGAGCUAAGUCCUCCAGUUCUCGAUUCACGGACAGUAAACGCUAUGAGAAGGAUUUCCAGAGCUGUUUUGGGUUGCAUGAGACACGUUCAGGAGACAUCUGUAAUGCCUGUGUCCUGCUUGUGAAAAGAUGGAAGAAAUUGCCAGCAGGAUCCAAAAAAAACUGGAAUCACGUGGUAGAUGCAAGGGCAGGACCCAGUCUGAAGACUACACUGAAACCAAAGAAAGUGAAAACUCUAUCUGGAAACAGGAUAAAAAGCAACCAGAUCAGCAAACUACAGAAGGAAUUUAAACGUCAUAAUUCUGAUGCUCACAGUACCACCUCAAGUGCCUCCCCAGCUCAGUCUCCUUGUUACAGUAACCAGUCAGAUGAUGGCUCAGAUACAGAGGUGGCUUCAGGCUCCAGCAGAACGCCAGUGUUUUCCUUUUUAGAUCUCACAUACUGGAAAAGACAGAAAAUAUGUUGUGGGAUUAUCUAUAAAGGCCGCUUUGGGGAAGUCCUCAUUGACACGCACCUCUUCAAGCCUUGCUGCAGCAACAAGAAGGCGGCUGCCGAGAAGCCGGAGGAGGCCGGCCCAGAGCCUCUGCCCAUCUCCACCCAGGAGUGGUGACUGAGGUGUAUGUAGAAGGGGAACAGGAAACGAUUGAAAUUUUAGAAAAAAAUCACAAAAACAAAAAAAAACACCCAAAACACAGCAACAAAACGACCUUCCUGUUUUUCACUUGGAUACCUGCUAUUCUGCCAAAAGACAAUUUCUAGAAUAGUUCCGAAUGGGUUAUUUUUCCCUCCUCUUCCACAAGCUCCACCAACUCUGAAGCCAGUGUCUAGCUUACUAAAAGGAAAACCAGACGUGUACAUAAUAUUUAAGAUGCUGAGUAUUUCAUAGGAAAGCUGAAUGCUGCUGUAAAGUGCUCUUUAAGUCUUUUUCUUUUAAAUCCCCUUCUCAUGAAUGAAACUAGGGGGACUUCAGGGGACAGAGAUGGGAUUUGUUGUAUGAUAAACAUACGUAGUUUUAGUCUUUCUAUAUUGAGAAGCAGUGGUUGGGGCAUUUUUAAAGAUGGCUGACUACACUUGUUUUCCUUCAUGAUAAUAAAUUUGUCAUAAAACCAGUAACCUGGACUUGCCCCUCGAGGUAGUUGUUAAUAAUUUUAAAAUAUUAAGGUCUUGCCAAGGUUGUGAGGAUUCAAACCUGUACUACUGACUAUUAAGCAGGACAGAAUAAGCUCUCUGGUGCAAAUACCUUGAAGGAGUCAUUUUUAAAUAAUACAAAGAGGUAACUGGACUGUAUAUGUUGUAUCCUGUGUCACCUCCUUCAUAUUGCUAUUUGAUGAAGAUUUUAAUUUAUAUGAAACUUCUAAAGCAGAAUCAAAGCUCCUCUUGGGGAAAUGUCAAGUCUUCAGGAUAAGCAAUCUUAUAUAAAUAGUACCAAAGCUUUAUUUUACCACAUGGUAGAGAACACACUCUAUGAAACAUGUUCAGUUAUCUGAAAAAAACGUGCAAGCUUUCAGGAUAGCGUAAAAAUAACAAAGGUUGGCGGUUCUGGGGGCACGUUUCUCAGAGGGCUCGCCGAGUGUGUAAGUAAUUGACUUUUGCUCGUGUUGCAUUACCGGUGACUUCAUUGGAAAUCUACACAAUUCAGUUUUAGCUCUGGAUUACUUCGGUUGACCUUUGUGAAGGUUUUAUCUGUGUAGAGUGUUUGUUCAACUUGUUUUAAUGUAUGAGGGUUUUAGGGUCCCCCCUCCCCCACCCCCCACUAUAUUAAAGUAAAAUUCUAGUAAAAGGAAAGAGGUGUGUGAAUGCUGAGUGGGUUGGUUUGGGUUUGGCUUUUUGUAGUCAGGCUUUCUGAACAUUGAGAUGUUAGAUGCUAAAUCCUGAACGUGGGGCCCUUCGGUUCUAAAAUUUUUAUGAAAAGCCUGUUACUUGAACCCAAACCCAAGUAGUCUCAUUGCCUCUUUGCUAUCAGUUCAGGAAGAAUAUUACCAGUUCACACUUUUCAGAGCGAGGGAGGACCAUUUGCCGACCUUAUAAUAAAAUGACUCGGUGCUUAUUUUUAAAGCCGGAUUUUAAAAAUUGGGUAGUAUGAAUAACAAUGAGUGAGCUACUUUUUAUGAGCACCCUGUAGUUUUAUAGUUCUUAUUCUAAACUUAAAGUUUUAUAUUCCUUUGGAAGAAACUACAAGCCACCAUCUGUGCAGACAACACAGUGGUUUGGGGCGGCUCUCCCACAGCCUCGGAGGUGUACUGCAAGAGUCUCGGCCAUUGUCCUCUUCCUCCCGAGUUACUUUGAAAUGGUCUUUUUUUUCUUUUAUUUUGUACAUUUUGGCUACAGUAUCGGUGGUAGAAUAUACUAUAAUAUGGAUCAUCUCUACUUCUGUAUUUAUUUAUUUAUUACUAGACCACAGUCAACCACAGUCUUCUUUUCCCCUUCCACCUCUCUUUGCCUGUAGGAUGUACUGUAUGUAGUCAUGCACUUUGUAUUAAUAUAUUAGAAAUCUACAAAUCUGUUUUGUACUUUUUAUACUGUUGAAUACUUAUACUCAAAACUUUUACUAGGUUGUUGAAUAAAUUUAGUCUUAUUAGAA